UUGAUUUCCUUCCUAACUUAGUAACUUCACUUCUGUGACUACUUUUGUUCCCUGUUUACCAUUUUCUCUCAAGUUUCUAAGUAUUGCACAGAUUUGCUCUUAAAAUGCAGAAGGUGGUGCUGAAACUGGAUGUACAUGAUGAUAAGAAUUGCAAGAAAAAAGCUUUGAAACUGGUCUCCUCUGUUACUGGGCUUGAUUCAAUCUCAAUGGAUAUGAAGGAAAAGAAACUAACAGUAAUAGGAGACAUGGAUCCUGUGGCAGUGGUGACAAAAUUGAGGAAGAUUUAUAACACUGAAAUUGUCUCAGUUGGGCCUGCAAAAGAUCCCGAGAAGCCGAAAGAGCCUGAGGAGCCCAAAAAGACAGAGGAUCCUACACCUGUGAUCCACGUGAUGCGGACUUAUAACAGCUGCUACAACCCUCCAUACUAUUACAGUUACCAUUAGAGAUGGCAAUAACCUAGACCCGCUAGGACCUGACCCAUUUACAAGGGUAUGGGUCCAGAAAAUUUAGACCAAAUGGGUCUGGGUCAGGUCUGGGUCCUAGAGAGCAUGUGCCUGGUCCGGGUCGAGUCUCCAUAUGCUAGACCCAAAUCCGACCCGUGGACCCAUUUACAUAUUAGAAAUUUUUUUAUACUUAAAUUCUAAUGUUUUAUGAGUUGUGAGUUUGUGAACUCGUUAGUGUUGUAACUACAGGUAAGACUUGUAACUUUGUAAGUUGUAAUAUUUUAAGAUUUUAUGAGUUAAUUUUUUAAAAUUUUGUUUA